CUUCUGUAUCUGUCCUGGGAUGGUCACUGAUCCUUCUGUCCUGGAAACCUGCUCUGUUUUGAAUCAUCUGCUUUAGUCUUCGUCUCUCCAUCGUCACCAUGUCCAGCUCCCAACAACGCCUCAUGCAGGGCAUGCACCAGGACCUCAGCUGCCCCGUCUGUCUCAAGCUCUUCCAGUCCCCUGUGACAACAGAGUGUGGGCACACCUUCUGCCAGGCCUGCUUGGCCCGUGUGGCCACCGAAGAGUCUGAGGGCAAAACUGCUCCCUCAUGUCCCACCUGCCAAACCAUCACCAAGGUGGAGCAGCUGCGGAUCAACCAGCAGAUGGAGCAUUUGGUGGAGUCUUUCCGGCAGGUGCCUCGUGAUCACUGUGAAGAACACCUUGACCCACUCAGUGUCUACUGCGAACAGGACCGGCAGGUGAUCUGUGGGGUUUGCGCCUCACUAGGCAAGCAUAAGGGACACAACAUCAUUACUGCUGCUGAGGCUCACCAGAGGAUGAAGAAACAGCUUCCUCAGCAGCAGGUCCAGCUUCAAGAAGUCCAAAUACGCAAGGAGAAGACCAUUGCCCUGCUGAAUCGGCAAAUAGCAGAAGUGGAGGAAACAGUAUCCCGGUUCAAACACCAAGUAGCAGAGCAGUUGGGGGCCAUGCGGUCUUAUCUGGGGACGCUGGAGUCUUCCCUGGGCCAGGAGGCCGAGAGGGUGCAACAACAGGCCUCUGAGGCCUUGCAAAAUGAACGCAAGACUGUGACCCGUUACCUGGACCAGCUCAAGCAGAUGGAGAUGGUCCUGGGGGAAGUGCAAGACGAACCACAGACUGAGUUCCUGAGGAAAUAUUGUCUGGUUGUCAGCAGAUUGCAGAAGAUCCUGGGGGAAUCGCCACCCAUUGCUCGCAUGGACAUCCAGCUCCCCAUAAUUUCUGAUGAGUUUAAGUUUCAAGUAUGGAGGAAGAUGUUCCGUGCAAUAAUGCCAGCUUUGGAGGACCUGACCUUUGACCCAGCCACUGCCCAAGCCAACCUUGUGGUGUCCGAAGAUGGGAAAAGAGUGGAAUGUGUCGAACAUAAACAAGCCGUGAGCCUGGAUGACCCACAACGGUUUGACAAGUCCAACUGCCUGGUCUCACGCCAGAGCUUCUCACAAGGAGAACACUACUGGGAGGUGACAGUAGGAGACAAGCCCCGUUGGGCUGUGGGCAUCAUCUCAGCUGAAACCGGGCGCAAGGGCCGCCUUCACGCCACCCCGUCUAAUGGCUUCUGGCUGGUGGGUUGCAAGGAAGGCAAGAGCUACGAGGCCUACGUGGAGCACAAGGAACCCCGGUCUCUGAAGCUGGAGGGAAAGCCCAGCCGAGUUGGCAUCUACCUGAGCUUCGAUGAUGGCCUCCUGGCCUUCUAUGAUGCCAGUGAUGAAGACAAUCUGGUCCAGCUCUUUGCUUUCCACGAGCGUUUUACAGGCACGGUUUACCCCUUCUUUGAUGUCUGUUGGCAUGAUAAGGGCAAGAACAGCCAGCCUUUAAUCAUCUACACUCCAGAGUCACAAGACUGAUAACUAACCAUGAUCUGGUAUCUUCUAGACCAGCCUUACUAGACCUGUUCCUCUUAAUGUGCUGAGGCUGCAUCGCCUAGCAUCCUAAAAUUCUAGACCCGUGAUGGCGAACCUAUGGCACACGUGCCACAGGUGGCACACGGAACCAUAUUGGUGGGCAUGCAAGCAUUGCUCUAGCUCAGCUCCAGUAUGCAUGCGUGCACUGGCCAGCUGAUUUUUGGGCCUUCUGGGCUCACUGGAAGUCGGCAAAUGUGCUGUUUCCGGCCUCUGGUGGGCCUCCAGGGGGUAGGGAAGGCUGUUUUUGCCCUCCCCAGGCUCCUAGAAAGCCUCUGGAGACUGGAGAGGGCAAAAAAUGGGCCUACUAGGCCCACUGGCCAUCACAUGCCAAAAGCGGGGGGGGGCAGGGCGCAUAGAAUUAUGGAUGUGGGCAUAGAUGCGCGCGUCCACCCUGCACUCCCCCAGCUUUUGGCACGCGAUGGCAAAAAGGUUAGCCAUCACUGUUCUAAACAAUUGUAAUCCCAAUGGCUCUGGAGGACACCAGAUGAGCAAAGGCUGCUAUAAACUUACCCAUUACCAGCUCCUAUAUACAGUAUAUAUUAUCAUCUGCCAGGAUCUUCAGAGAAGCUAUUUCUUACCAAAGCUGCACAUUACACCCCCCUCCCCAAUUAUUGGCAAUUUUAACUCCAUUGUACCCAGACUCCUAAGUCAUAGCCACAUUCAAUUUAAAUAAAAGAAACAUCAUUGUAUCAGCACAGGUCUGCCAUCUAAAACUUGGAAUCUUGACAAUUUUCUUGGUUUAGAAAUAAAGGUUUAUUAUCCUUG